CCCAAACCCAUUUUAUUAUUAGGGUUUCAUAUCUUCCUAUUUCUUUAGGGUUUAUAGUCUUACUCUCAAACCCUUUCUCUUUCUCAGGGUUACCAUAACCCCCUUCUCCAACUUAAUCAAAUCUCUCUCUAAAUCGGAGAAGAGGAAUUCCGUUCAGAUUGGUUUGAUAAACAAUCUUUACUUCACUCGCAGAUUAGACAGCAAAAAUGGUGCAAUAUAACUUCAAGAAGAUUACUGUGGUGCCGACUGGGAAGGACUUCAUUGACAUUAUCCUUUCUCGUACCCAACGCCAGACGCCCACUGUUGUCCACAAGGGAUAUGCCAUCAAUCGUCUCCGACAGUUUUAUAUGCGUAAAGUGAAGUAUACGCAAACAAAUUUUUAUGAAAAGCUUUCUGCUAUCAUUGAUGAGUUCCCUAGGCUGGAUGACAUCCAUCCUUUUUAUGGUGAUCUUCUUCAUGUCCUCUACAACAAGGACCAUUACAAGCUUGCACUUGGCCAAAUUAAUACUGCAAGGAAUCUUAUCAGUAAGAUUGCUAAAGAUUAUGUGAGAUUGUUGAAGUAUGGUGACUCACUUUACAGAUGCAAGUGUCUGAAAGUUGCUGCUCUUGGCCGAAUGUGUACUGUGAUAAAAAGGAUUGGUCCUAGUUUGGCAUACUUGGAACAAAUUAGACAACACAUGGCAAGGUUACCUUCAAUAGAUCCUAAUACCCGAACAAUCCUCAUUUGUGGGUAUCCUAAUGUUGGAAAGAGUUCAUUUAUUAACAAGAUCACUAAAGCUGAUGUUGAUGUGCAACCUUAUGCUUUUACCACAAAGUCACUAUUUGUUGGUCAUACAGACUAUGAUUACCUCAGGUACCAAGUUAUUGAUACACCAGGGAUUUUGGAUCGUCCAUUUGAAGACCGCAACAUUAUUGAGAUGUGCAGUAUCACAGCUUUGGCACAUUUAAGGGCGGCAGUGCUGUUCUUCUUGGAUGUCUCGGGGUCUUGUGGCUAUACUAUUGCUCAGCAGGCUGCUCUUUUUCACAGUAUCAAGUCUUUGUUUAUGAACAAACCAUUGGUGAUUGUGUGCAAUAAGACUGAUUUACAGCCAUUGGAUGGCAUAUCUGAGGAAGAUAAGAAGUUGGUUAUGGAGAUGAAAGCUGAGGCAUUGAAGACUGUGCUUGGUCAAGGAGGAGAGGCUGCAAAUGAUGAAGGGGUGCUUUUGACCAUGAGUACUUUGACUGAGGAAGGGGUGAUUGCUGUGAAGAAUGCAGCUUGUAAGAGAUUAUUGGAUCAGAGGGUGGAAAUAAAGAUGAAAUCUAAAAAACUAAAUGAUUGCUUGAACAGGUUUCAUGUUGCAUUCCCAAAACCUCGUGACCAGAAGGAAAGGCCAGCUUGUAUACCUCAGGCUGUUCUUGAAGCCAGGGCUAAGCAGGCUUCAGAGACUGAAAAGAGAAAAACUGAAAGGGAUUUGGAAAAUGAAAAUGGUGGUGCAGGUGUGUACUCUGCCAGUUUGAAGAAGCACUACAUCUUGGCUAACGAUGAAUGGAAGGAAGAUAUACUGCCAGAAAUUCUUGAUGGGCACAACGUAUAUGACUACAUUGAUCCUGAUAUUUUACAAAGGCUUGAAGAGUUGGAACAAGAGGAAGGACUUCGACAGACUGAGGAUGCUGAUGAUGAUUUUGAGAUGGAUGGACAGGAAUUGACCCCAGAUGAACAGAAGGCAUUGGCUGCAAUCAGGAAAAAGAAAAGCUUGCUCAUACAACAGCAUAGAAUUAAGAAAAGUACAGCAGAAAGCAGGCCAAUCGUGCCUAGGAAAUUUGACAAGGAAAGAGAGUUCACAUCAGAGAGAAUGGGAAGGCAGCUAUCGAAAUUGGGGAUUGAUCCAUCACUGGCCAUUGAACGAGUUCGAAGCAGGUCUCUCUCUAAGAGAGGUAGGAAGAGGGAGAGGUCAGUUGAUGCCACUGGUGGCGAGGCAAUGGAUAUGGAUGCAGACACACCCAGCAAGAAACUACGUGCAAGGUCUAGAUCUCUAUCACUGUCAAGAUCAAGGUCAAGGUCAAGGGCACCUACUGAAGUCACUCCUGGUGAUGGAUUUAAGGAUUCUACUCAAAAGGGUUCUGCUCUUAAGAUUGCUAAGAAAUCCACAAAGAAGAGGAACAAGAAUGCACGUCGUGGAGAGGCAGAUAGAGUGAUCCCUACUCUGAAGCCAAAGCAUUUGUACUCUGGAAAGCGCUCAUCUGGUAAAACCGAUAGGCGUUGAAGUGUUUUUGAAGGCUGCUUACCGGACCGUGGAUUUUGCUGCAACUUUGGAAGAAAAUUAUCUGAUUUCAUGUUUGACGCCAAAACUACAGUUUGUUGUGAUCAUUGCACCCGAUGUUUCAUAAUAUCCAAUUUUGGGCGUGUAAUGAAUUUUAAGUUUUGCUUUUUUAAUUUAAUUUUUCAUAUAAAAAAUGCUACAGAGCAUGUUACUGGUUAUGUUUUAAUUGUAAUACUCUUAAUUAGUUGAAUUGAGUUGGUAAAAAAUGGUUGUGUUUAACCCAAA